AGCGAAAACGUUUCCGUGAGAGCUCCGACGGAGACGUUUUCACAGGCUUUAACGUUAAUGUAUUUUUCCCACCCGUGGCCUCUGCCGGAGUUUCCAUCUUGGAAUCGCGGAUCCUUCACAGACUGCUUAUCGGGACUUCCAGAAAAUCAAAGAAUGAGUAAUGGACUCCAUUGAGAAGGCAAUACAGGCCGUGCUACCACAGCUAGAUGAAGCAAAGCUUGAAACUUUAGUCAAUGAGUUGGUGAAAGUAGGUGUUGAAGGACCAGAUGAUCUGCAGUUUAUUCAAGAAGAUGACAUCAAACAUCUGCUCACACCCAUUCAGUGCAGAAAAAUUAUUCAUUCCUUGAAAGUGUGUAAUGCAGGUCCUUCAAAUCCCCAGCUGAGCCCUUCAUCGUCUGAGCCACUGUCAGUUGCCUAUUCCAGCACAUGCCCCAUAUCAUCUAUAAGUCCCAUCUCUGCAUGGGUGAACAGUUUUGAGGUGCCAUGGAACAAAGUGAGGCUGACUCUUAGAAGAGCAGUAGAUGCUGGUGAGAGGCCAGCUCCGGAUGACCGCAGACACUUGAUAAAAGUCACUGUUGAUGCGAUGAGAGAGCGUUCCUUGAACCCUACUCGCAGAGAGUGUGUGGUAGUGGCUAAAGCUAUAACUCAAAAAUAUCCAAAUAGCUUUUUAGACAAAAAUGAAGAGGGGGAGCUAAUUGGAUGUGGGUAUUUCAGCGUUAUAAAUCAGCUCAAAACCAGAGUAGAAUAUUUGAAUCGAGGCAACUCUCUUUCCCGUCUGAGGAAGCACAAACGCACCCAGAGAGAUGAUGAGGAUGGUGAUGAUGACCAGCCAGCAGUAGCUACAUGUGCAAGAAUCGACAGUUAUGGGUGUGUUCGUUGGCAGCCAGCGGACUAUCCAGAUGGGGAAACAUCAGCAUCAUUAGAGGAAAAGAAGCUUGAGAUGAUUGAUAUAUUCAGCCGAGAGGGACUAAAGGGCGCUGAGAGAGGAAGGGUAGAAGACCUAAUGGCAAUCACUUAUGCCAAACAGCGGGAAUACAUCAACGCAAAGCCUUCCCCAAGCAUUCUGGAUGUGGGUAAAGAGUGGCCAUUUCUCUUUUCACAGAAGUUUUUAUUGUCACACUUCACCACUCUCACCAAUGUUGAACUAUACACAAGACUGAAUGAAGAUAUGGACAAAAAGGGUAAAAGACUCCUGGAUUUCUUCAGUAGUCAGAUUACAAAGUGGAGGAAAGAAGUAAGAGCUGUUCUGAAGGAAGCCAUAAAGAAGGACCGAGAAGGAUCUGAUGGCCUAGCAGCGAUGCUUGUGAUGUUGGCACACUUCAAAGAGCAAGAGGAGUCACUUUUUCUCAUUGCUGAUGAGACUACCACUCCCGCAGACGCAGAGGCCCAGCUGUCUCUCCCAGUCACUCCAAGGAUCAUCAUGCUUGGAGAGACAAUCCUGACUGCAAAAAAAUGGAUGCUGUCGAUCGAGGGGAGGGUCGUAAUCCCACCUGGUGCUCACAUGGCAGACUUCACCACUGCCUUGGCCGCUCUCUUCGCCUGUUACUAUGUAUUCAAUCUAGAGUAUCAGGUGGAAGCCAGCACAACACUGGAGUUUGUUCAGAGGUUUUUAGUCAGGAUUAAUCCUGACUCCAACAAGUGCACUGCCAAGGAGCAGAUGAGCAAGACGACUGGGAGAGUGGUGAAGCGGAAGACUUCAUACAUGAACCCCCAUGUAAUCUCCUUCAUCAGGGACUUCACGGAGUUCUAUUUGCUAACUGACUAGAUACAGGGCUCCAACUAGGAUUCUAGGUCUCCAAGGUCAGGGCAUGCAAGAGGCCAUAGUGGCAGGGGAAGUUUAUUUUCCUUUCUGUUUUAAAUGUUCAUGCAAAUGUUAAAUAUUUUUUUUUUUUUUUUAAAUGUUCAAUGUUUUAUUUUAUUUCAGUAUUGCCAUAGUGUUAUUUAUUACUCUUUAGAAUGUGGUAAUAAUCAGUUAUUUAAAAAGCUUCAAAGUAGUUAAAUAUUUUGACCGUGUUGUAUCAAUUUGCGUUAUUGUUCUGCCAUAGCAACCAGUCAUGUGGAACUAGUGAAUGAACUAGUAACAGUUUGCUCUGUAACUUUACAAAACUUGUAAUGAAAUAGCCUCGUUUUGUAAAAUUUUCUUAAGUCAGUAAUUAAAUUUAGCAACAGUAGAAUACGCAGAUAAUAGACUUCACGCCAUUAAAAAUUACAAACACAGAAUGUUCGUUAACUUUGGAUGGCAUAAUGACAUGUUGUCCAGUGUCAAUUAUCCCUUUAUGUUGUACCUGUUUUGUCAUUCCUGUUCACCAAAUGUUUUUAAAUAAAUAACUGUUAACAAUUUU